AUGGCAGUUCACUGGGGAAUUCUGGGUUGCGCUGGCAUUGCAGAGAAGUUUUGUGCGUCUGUCAGCCGCGUCGAGAACGCAGUGAUUACUGGUGUGGCCUCCAGAACGGCAGGAAAGGCGGCUGAUUUCAUCGCAGCAAAUUGUCCUGGUGCCAAGUCUUACGACAGCUAUGAAGAGCUGCUGGCCGACACGAGCAUCCAGGCAGUCUAUAUUCCUGUUCCGACAGCCUUGAGAGCGGAGCUUGCUGUUAAAGCAGCAGCUGCCAAGAAGCAUCUGUUGGUGGAGAAGCCGAUAGCCACCGCAACUGAAGCUAAGAUGAUGAUCGAUGCGUGCAGAGAAGCUGGGGUGCAGUUCAUGGACAACACCAUGUUUCUGCACAACCCAAGGCAAGAUGCGAUCAAAGCGGUCUUGAAUGACAAAGACCUGUUUGGCCAGAUUAAGCACGUCAACUCAACGUUCAGCAUCGACAUGGGGUUGGAUGAGUCAUGGGCUUCUGGGAACAUUCGCAUGAAGAAGUCCCUGGAACCCCUGGGAUGUUUGGGAGAUCUCGGCUGGUACAAUGCUCGCCUUACCCUGUGGGCUUUUGACUAUGCGCUUCCCUCUGCGGUGUCCUGCACCUACGUGGAGCACACUGAUGAGGGGGUCCCAACCCACAUCAUGGCGCAGAUGCGCUUUGGGACUAGGACCGCUAGCUUCAUGGCUUCCUUCAGGGCUGCUUUCCGAAACAGCGCAGAGUUUGUGGGGGAGAAGGCCCUGGUCUCAAUCGAGGAUUUCGUCGUUUCUAGCAAGCUGGACACGGCCAGCUACAAGGUGACAAAGACCACGUUCGGUGCAAAGGCUGAGACGUUCCCUGUUGCAAUCUUGAAGGAUGAAGAAUUGAAAACGGGGGUGCAGCAUUCCAAUCUCGUGGCAACGUUUUCGAACCUGGUUGCCUCCGGCAAGGUGGACGAAGCAUGGCCCCAGCAGACAUAUCAAACCCAGCUAGUCUUGGAUGCGAUGGUCAAGUCGGCUGAGCAAGGUGGUGCAUGGGUAGCCUUAAGCUAG